UCUAUGGAAAUUGAUUUAACUGAACUCAACUUUGUUCAAACUAUACUACCUCCUCCAUUUAAUAACUCUACCUCCAACACAAAUCAAACUAUAAAUAGCCAAACAACUUCAACUUUUUUCAAACUACCUCAAGCAUCCAAACCUACCGCUUCUACACCAGUUAUAACUACUCAACUAUCCAAUUCAAAUACACUUAUUCAACCUCAAACUUCAAUAUCCAACAAACCAGCAACCAACUCCACCACCCAAUUACCAGGUCCUACUAUCAAUAAUAAUAACCAAAACUCUAUCCAACUUCUCAACAAUACUAAUCAUACUAAGAAUAACGAUAACAGUACUAACAAUAAUACUAACAACAAUAACAAUAGCAACAACAACAUUAUUAAUUAUGCUUCU